GACCAUUCUUGGUUGCAUUCGGGCAGGGGCGGUUGGGUUUUGGGGUAUUUGGUAAUUAAUAUUAUUUAGUUUGACGUAUAUUCCAUGUUCGACAUUUACAUUUACAAAAACGUUUGUCUCUUUCGUUUUCAUAUUGUGUCGUCGUUAGUUGUCGGGUAAAUUCGUUUUUGGUCAAAUUACACACAAAUUAAAUACAAUACUGAUAAACUUUUGGACAUUCGCAAGUGCGUGUUAUUGGUUUCGUCGUUCGUUGGAUUACGUACAAGUUUAAAAGAUAUAUAAGCACCGUGAAAAAAAAAAAAAUCGUUGCCAGCCGAUUUCUGCUGGCCAGAAAAUGGUACGAGGUCAAAAUGUUGAAGAAUUGUUGCUGGAAAAAUCCGUGGAGAAGGAGUGUAUGAGAAAGUGUGAAGGACAGUUGUCGCCAUCGUCAAAGACAAACAGCUGUUCAUCCUGUAAAAUUGUUGAAGGAACGUCAGAAAUGGCACAAGAUGAUAACACUCCCUGUUGGGAUAGUUUGCCAAGUGUUAUUUUACUGGAAAUUUUUUCUUAUCUCCCACAAUGUAAUCGUUUACAAGCCUCACAGGUUUGUAAAAAUUGGAGAUACGCAUUGUUCCAUCCAAGUUUUUGGAAAAAAAUCACAUUUUCUUUUAAAGAUGAAGAUAGUGUGGCAUGGGCAAGAUUUUUGAUGAGUUGCUUUGGUCUGAGUGUUCAAGACGUCACAAUAAGUUGCGAAACAUCUGGUGUCUAUGUGAAAGAAGCAGUAAAUCUUUUAAAAAAAUUAAGCAACAAUAAACAACUUCGGAAAUUAUUUUUGGAACCAACUAAUUGUCCAUAUGAGUGGCCCAUUAGACGAAUAGAAAACGAAGAUGAUUGGAUUCGAACAUUUUCAAGUUCCGUUAUGGAAUCACUUGUAAAGAUAAUUGAGACAUCAAAUUGUUUAGAAGGACUGAGUUUAGGAUGCAUCGAAGAAUUAACAUCGAGUGCCAGUAUGAUUUUGGAACCUUUACAACAUUAUCAUGCCAAACACUUGACUUCCCUUUGUUUAGCAUCGGUAAAAGAUGAUCCUGAUCAUUAUGAUUUUUUGGAAUUAGACACUAGUCUUUUUAGUUCCUUUUGUCGAUUAACUGUCUUGACAAUUGAUUAUGAUUAUGUCAAUGAUACUUUACUUAAUUCUUUGGAUAAUGGAGUACUUGAGAAAUUUGUUAUUCACGUUCAUGGCUUAGAUGAUGAUUAUCCAGGAACUUCCAAUCAGGCAUGGGAGAAUUUUACUCAAAAAAAUCACGCUUGCGAAUUGCGUUUGAAUUUGAUUCAUGCUUAUGUGGCUGUAAAAGAUCUUGAUUCAAAAAUUCUUCAACCUGCAAUGCCUCUCACACAAUUGAAAGCACUUUUUUGCGAACAUAUCAACAUAAGUGCAUUGCAUUGUAUAUCAAUUUGGUAUCCAAAUACAUUACAAUCGCUCGUUUGGAUUGAUUCAGUUGAUCAUACAAAGGAUUUGCCGGCAACUUUUGAUCCUCACGAACCAAAUAGUCCGGAUCCAUUAGUUGUUGUGGCCUGGAAAUGUACGAAAUUAGUGGAAAUGGUUUUCAUAGGACAUAAGUAUGCUCAGGAAAAUUUAUUAGCAAUUGCUCGACUUCGUGGAAAUACACUUCAUCGACUUGUAUUCUCUGAAAGUGAUAUCGCAGCUGAUGAGGCAUCGUACGACGGUGAUAAUAUUAUGGAAGAAAUCAAGGAAAUUUUAGGAUCUCGUUGGGAUCCGAUAAGUGAUUUAAGACUUCCAGCGGUCGUUAUUGAUCCUUUAAUUGGAGAUAGUCGAGAAGUAAUAAUGCCAAUGGUUCUUCACGAUCAAAAGUAAAAAUUCUAUUCACAAGUUCCAAGCCGAAGUCUUUCAACCAUCUCAAUCGUUUUAAUUUCUUUGAAACAAGAACAACUGUCAAGACUGUGUGUGCAAGUGUGAUCCUUUCAUCUCUUAUUUUGCCCGUCGAUUCCAUUUAUAUCACCAUUUGUAUACAUUUUUCUGGUGUCUCCGUUUGAAUGGUGUUUUAAAUUAUCAAUUCUGCAAAAAAAAAAAAAUUCAUCCUUUUUGAAUCAUAUAACAGGGAUGCAAAUGACGUAAGUAGCAAUUGAUAGUCCAAAUAACUUAGAAAAAAAAAAACGAUAUUUUAGAACAAAAUAUUGUAAUUUGUCCACCGUUCUUCGACCAAAUAAUUACCAAAAUAAUCAAAUAUGAAUCGAAUCUUCAGGAUAAACUUUUAAUUGAUAUGGGUUUCAUUUUUUAAAAAUAGACCCACAAUGUGUUUGCCUCAAAAAAAAAAAAAAUGGAAAUAGAAAAACAGUCAGGGAAUUCCAUUUAAGUCUCUAUGUGUGAGAAAAACAUUGACUACUCGAUUAUUGUAUUUUAUAUCAAAUUUCCUGAGGAAAAUCGCAUUUGUCACUAAAAAAAACCAACUAGACAACAGGGCCACGUUAGGGCCCCAUGUGACCUAAAAAACCCAUUAAACAGGGUAAUAUUAAUGUAUAAUAAAUAACGAAAAAAAAAAAAAAAAUAAGAGAAAGAAAGUGAAAAGAAAAGAAAUAGCUCCAUGAUAAAAAAAUAAAGACGUCCGAUUUAGAGAAGAAGAGGUCUGAAUUCCUAAGAUCUUCCAUCAGAAAAUUUUAGUCAUGAUUCACAUCGUAGUUAGGGACGUUUACAGAUAUUUUUCCAACUUGCUGGCAAUUUAGUUUGUAGAAAAACAAAAACAAAAAAAAAAAAAAAUACAAAAAACGAGUGAAAGUGUUAACAAAAAAAAGAAUGAACGGGAAAUAGGGGGAAAGAAAGAACGAAUGAAAAAUUUCAACAUCAAAACACAAUAAAAGUCAGAAAACGAAAGAAAAAAAAAAAUUAUUUUACAUAAAUCGUUUUCAAAAAAAAUAUAUAUAUCUCGAUACAAUAUAUAUCUAUGUGUCUCGAGUAAAUAUCGAUUAGCAAUCCGAGGUUAUUUUUAAUACCAAAACCAAUCGGAUGCAAGUGUACAAAAAAAAAAAAGAAGAAGAACAAAA